UUUCCAACAAAGUCGAUUUUAUAAAGGAGAUAUCGCCAAAAAACUGAAAAUUUUAAAAAUAUACACCUUUACGAUACCGAAAACGAGGCUAUUCCUAGCUAAAACGGAAGUGACGUCACAACACAUCAGUUUGCGCCAUUUUUAGAAAGUCUUCUAUUGACCUGUGCGUGUUUUCCGGCGAAUAAUGGCCAGCAAAAGUGUCGGACGCAUGUGUGCUGUAGCGGGAUGCAGCAAAAGACAGUCAGAUGGCGUGUCGGUUCAUGUUUUCCCCAAAGAUGAGCGACUGCGAGCGGCCUGGUGUCGUUUUGUGAAGCUGACGAGGGCAGACUGGUCUGGUCCUUCGAAAUACACCGUUAUCUGCAGUGACCAUUUCAACGAGGAUUGCUAUGAGGUACAUUUCUCGCUCAUGAAGGACUUUGGGAUCCCAGCGAAGAAGCGUCUACGCCAGGGGUCCAUACCAAGCAUAUAUCCCAAGCGGAAAAGAGACCAACUGAACGAUGCGUUCCUGGAGUCUCCCCAUGUAAACACCCCUACUCCAGUACGAGGAGCCCAUGCAAAGCGUGAGAGGAAUAGGGUAUUGGCAGAGCUGCUUCAUGACAACACAGAGGUUGAAGAAAUACAGGAAGAGUCACAAGACCAGGAUGAAUGUGUUGGGAUCCAAACAACGCCUGUUCCCUUUCCCACACCUGUUUCGGAGGAGAAAAGUGUGUCUAUGGCAUGUCAGACAGAAUCAACACGAAAACGUAGCGUAAAGAUUCAAGUUGCUGCAAGGAAUAAGGAAAAAGGAUUACAAGUUGACCUACAACCCAGAGUUCGAAGCAUUGGUAUUCAGGUUGAUGUACGAGAUGAUUUGCCUGCUCCACGUCCACCUCCAGCACCUGUUCCUGUUCCUGAUUCCUCUAGUGGUGAAGAGUCUAUCCAGACGGAGAAUGAGACUGCCUCAUUGUAUGAACCUUCUGGCACUAGUUCAGAUGAUUCUCAUGUACAGGAUAUCAACACUGAAGCACCCUGCAACCCCUUGGAAGACAGGAAGUUUAUCAUCUCCGAAACCAAGCUGCUUGAGCUGUUCAGUAACUGCAGGAGGUGCCACAAGUAUACAGCAGCAAGUGUACAGCAGGUGCUUGGAACAAUGGUGAAGAUUGCUGUGGAGUGUGAGUUCUGUGGGUUUACCUGGCAGUGGAGCAGUCAGCCAUUCAUUGGGAAUAUUCCUGUUGGGAACAUUGGGUUAUCUGCCGCCAUACUGUUUUCUGGUGCCCUUGUGUCCAAAGUUCUUCGUGUGCUGAACUGCAUGGGGGUUGCAACCAUUACCAGAAGAACAUUCAAUUCCCACCAGUCAGCCAUUUUGUUUCCUGUAAUUGCUCGUGUGUGGGACAAGCACCAGCAGGAGUAUGCAAGUCGAGCUUUGGAAAGAGGAGAUCCUCUGGUUAUUGGUGGAGAUGGGCGAGCUGACUCCCCUGGUCACUGUGCAAAGUUUGGCUCGUACAGCACCAUUGACCUUGAGGAAGGAAUUGUCAUUGAUAUCCAGCUGGUUCAGAGCAAUGAAGUAAAAAACAGCUUGGGAAUGGAGAAGAAGGGAUUAGAGCGGACUAUUGCCUGGAUGAAAGACCAAGAUUUGGAGAUUGGUACGAUAGUGACUGACCGCCAUGUCCAGAUACAAAAGUGGAUCAGGGAGAACUUGACGGAGACGACACACUAUUAUGAUGUUUGGCAUGUGGCAAAAGGUCUAAAGAAAAAGAUCCUAGCUGCAUCCAAACAGAAGGAGUGUGAGAAUCUUGCCAAAUGGAUCAAGAGCUUGACCAACCACUUGUACUGGGUGGCAGCUUCAACACCUGAUGGGAAUGGGGACUUCAUGUGGGCAAAGUGGGAGUCUGUGGAAAACCAUAUCCACAAUAUUCAUGAGGGCCACAAUGACCUCUUCCCAUCUUGUGCCCAUGACACGUUAGAGGGUGAUGAGCAGAAAAAGAAGUGGAUAAAACCAGGAACGAAAGCCAGUGAGAAGAUUUGCGAUAUUAUCCUGUCCAAUCAGAUGAAGAAAGAUAUACCCAAGCUGUCCCCACUGCACCAAACAUCCCAGAUUGAGGCUUUCCAUAGCACUAUCAAUCACUUUGCCCCCAAGAUGGUUUCCUUCUCUUAUCAUGGCAUGUACUGCAGGUUGAUGGUUGCUGCUCUCCAUUUUAAUGAGAACUCUUCAAGAAUGCAGGCAGUUACAAAGGAGGGAAACCUGCAGUACAAGAUCAGCUUUCCCAAGUUCAAGCAUGGCGAAUAUAGUGUUCGCAUGAAGACUGUAGAUUCAACGUUUGGGUAUGCAUCUGAUUUGAUGACAGAGACUCUACGAUAUGUUGAGGUAUCAUCCCGGACACCAGCACCCGCCUUUCCACCUGUGCUCUGUUUGCCUCAGUUGCAACCACCUCCUCUGUGCAGUGAUUUUCUUCACCCUGAAAAGGAGGAAGCAGUGUUUAAUUUCCAGUCUCGGUUUGGGAGGAAGGAGACAUCUGUGUAGGAGAUUCUAGCCCUUGUAUACAUAGAACUGUAAAUAUCAGUUGUGGAUACUCAUGCUGUAGUUUGUCAUAGUCUGUUUGUAAAUAAUUGUAUAAAUAGUGUUAUAGUUAGCAUUUACUUGUAAAUUUGCAUGUAGGAAAACAAAAAUAAAAUUGCAAAAAAAAAAAAAAAAAAUGGGAACAAAAAAAGCAGGGUCCACGUCCCGUUCCUGGGUGCAAAAAAAAUUACCUAUGUAAUCAAGAUUUUUUUUGUAGCUGAUGCUUUUAUAAAUUUUAUUGUAAUAUGUACAUGAGGCUUAUGUUUUGUCAAUUAUUUUGAACUGCUUUUUGCUUGUAUGUGUGACUAGGCAAGGUUGUUUUCUGUAUCCUAUGCUUAACCAUUUCUCAUUUAUAAGAUUUAUGCUGUGUAAACUUUAUAUUUAUUUAAUUUGUAAAAUUGAUAGUAAAAGUUGAUAAUAUGGUGAAUUUUUGUUAAUCCAAAAUAUAGAAGUGGCUUACUCAUUCAGGGUCUCUGAAUCCUUGAUACUCUUCAGAACUGAAGGAAUGGUGUAUCUUUGUAACUGCACAAGAGGGAAGUGGGACACGAACACUCUUCCCCAAGUAGCCCCAACACCAACGAACAAGCUGACGAUAUGCUGUAUAUCUGUUUCUUCUUAAUUGAAUAAAAGAAAAUCAUGUUAUCAUGCACUUGUUAUUACUUGUGAUAGUCUUUGUGAUUUUCUUCAAAUGCUUUAUUUCAUUUUUGGAACAAAUAUGUAAAAAUUCAAUAAAAUGUCUUACUGUUCAA